UCUUCAAGUUUACUGCUUGAACCUUCAAUUAUAUUUAGUAUCCCUCCCUGCAUUUCUCACACUCUAUCAUCUAAAUUCAUUUGCUGCUUCACAUCAAAGAUUUCUGCACUCAACUCAACUCUCUUCUUGCAAUACCAAUCAUCAUGGCGUCACUAACAGCUGUUUCUCAAAUCCAAUCCCUUUAUAUCAAGACCCAUGUCUCAUCACCUAAUCAUCAAUUUCGCCCAAUUUUCUUGCCCAGUAGAUUAUCAGUGAAGUUUCAGGUUCAUCGUGGUGUUUUUGGGAUGCCUAUGAAGAAGGCGGUUAUAGUGUCCGCAACAACGGCCGAGAAACCCAAGAAGCGUUACCCCGGUGAGUCCAAGGGGUUCGUGGAGGAGAUGAGGUUUGUAGCCAUGAAGUUGCAUACCAAGGACCAGGCCAAGGAGGGUGAGAAAGAGGUCAUGGAACCCGAGGAGAGAGCUGUGACCAAGUGGGACCCAACGAUUGAUGGGUACAUAAGGUUCCUCGUCGACAGCAAGUUGGUUUAUGAUACACUUGAGAAGAUCAUUGAAGAGGCUGCUUAUCCUUCAUGACCCGGGUACGGGGAAGAUGAUUGGAGUGGGCCGUGAGUCACGGGGUCUGUUCUACCUUGAUGUGCCGAGUCCUUCAGUUGCUUGUUCUCUCACAGAAUCUCCACAGCUCAUCCACAGUCGUCUCGGGCAUCCUAGUCUUGCGAAAUUGCAGAAGAUGGUUCCUCUUUUAUCCGGUCUUCAAACUUUAGAUUGUCAGUCAUGUCAGCAAGGAAAGCACAUACGCUCCUCCUUUGCUAAUCGAGUCAAUAAACGAGCUGAUGCUCCUUUUUCAAUUAUUCAUUCAGAUGUUUGGGGUCCUAGUCGUAGUGUGUCUAUUUUAGGUUUUCGGUAUUU